UAAAGAAGAAUGGGUCUAGAAAACGGUUCUUUGGUGACUGAAUUCAUUCUACAGGGAUUGACAAAUGACCCUGAUCUCCAGUUACCCCUGUUCUUACUCUUUCUGCUAAUAUAUACAACCACAGCACUGGGGAAUGCAGCUUUGAUAACUUUAAUUGUGCUAAAUUCUCACCUUCAUACCCCCAUGUACUUUUUCCUUUUAAACUUGUCCUUCAUUGAUCUCUGUUAUUCCUCUGUUAUUACACCCAAAAUGCUGAUGAACUUCUUAGUAAGGAAGAAUGUUAUCUCCUACGUGGGAUGUAUGACCCAGCUAUAUUUCUUCUGUUUUUUUGCUGUCAGUGAAUGCUGUGUUCUAACAUCAAUGGCCUAUGACCGUUAUGUGGCUAUCUGUAACCCACUCUUGUAUAACACUGCAAUGUCUCCCAAGAUGUGUUCCUAUCUUAUGCUUGGUUCAUACAUAAUGGGAUUUUCUGGUGCCAUGAUCCACACUGGAUGGAUGCUUAGAUUGACCUUUUGUGACAGAAACACCAUCAACCACUAUUUCUGUGAUCUGCUUCCUUUGUUGCAACUCUCCUGCACCAACACUUUUGCCAAUGAGAUAGAGAUUAUUAUUGUAGGUGGGAUAGAUAUCAUUGUGCCCAGUGUUAUUAUCUUUACCUCUUAUGGAUUCAUCCUCUCUACCAUUUUUCAAAUGAGAUCCACUGAGGGCAGAUCUAAAGCCUUUAGCACCUGCAGCUCUCACAUAAUUGCUGUUUCUCUGUUCUUUGGCAUGUGUAUCAUGUUCCUGAAUUGUCUUCAGAGGUCAGAGAGGAUGUUAGAUGUCCUGAAACUGGAGUUACAGAUAGUGCUGAAUCAUGAUGUGGGUACUAGCAAUGGAGCCCUAAUUCUCUGUGGGAGCAUCAAGAACUCUUAA